AUGGGGCCUUGGCUUGUGGGUGCCGCCUUGUGGUUAUUCUGGGGCAGCUUCCCGUACGCCACAGGCCAGCGGUCGCGCUCGUUCCUCGGGAAGAUUAGGCGGCCCCGCCCGCGCCUCCAGCAGGUCUCGGGGGAGAGUGAGUCUCGUCUGGUCUGGGGAGGGGUGAGGUCCCGGCCCCGAGGCGGCCAGAGCAGGAGAGCCCGCGGGGGCAGACGCUCCCGUCCCUUGAGCCUUGAUUGUGGGACAGUACCCCUGGUGAAUGCGAUUUCAGGCUCUCGAAUUGUAGGUGGUCACGAAGCUCCAAUUGGAGCAUGGCCGUGGAUAGUUAGCCUGCAGUUUUUAAAAGUUCUCAACAAAUCCGUUCAUAUGUGUGGUGGAACCAUAGUUAAAGAAACGUGGGUCCUUACAGCAGCCCACUGCUUUAAAAUUUCUAGAGAUCCACAACUUUGGAUAGCUGUAGUUGGAGUUAACAAUAUUUUACAGAGCCAUAUGAAGCAUAAGAGAAUAAAAAUUGAUAUUAUCAUCAUCCAUCCAGAAUUCAAGCCUAAUACCUUUGAAAAUGACAUUGCACUGAUUCAUUUAAAAGCUCCUCUGACUUAUAAUGACUUUAUUCAGCCUAUUUGUUUGCCAUUUUUAAAUUAUAUGGCAAAAAUAGACAACACCAAACGGUGCUUCAUAAGUGGUUGGGGAAAAAGAAAAGAAGAAGGUACAAUGACUCCUUUAUUACAAGAGGCUGAAAUACAUUAUAUUCCUUGGAAAACAUGUAAUGCAGUAGGAAGUUAUUCAGGAAGAGUUCCUAAUACAUCAUUUUGUGCUGGUGAAAGUUAUGGCAGUGUUGAUACUUGCACGGGUGACAGUGGAGGUCCUUUGAUGUGUUACUUUCCAGAAAAUGAAAGAUUUUUUCUAAUGGGUAUCACCAGUGCUGGAGUCGGCUGUGGCAGACCAUUUUUCCCUGGCAUUUAUACUGAGGUGCAGUUAUAUGAAACGUGGUUAAAAUACGGGUGGCUUCAGGAAGGUUCUACAGGCAAAAAUGAAAUGAAUAUUGUACAGGGAAAGAUUAUAAUAAUUAUGGUAUUUAUCAUCUUAUUUGUGCUCAUAUAAAGUGGCAUUAAGACCAAGGUAACUUCACUUUGGAAUGUAUCUCCUUCACAUCUUCAUGUCACAUAAUUUUCUGAAUUUUGCAUAUCAACAUUUCUUACUGGUAUGAAAGCAUUGUUGCAGGUUAGGUAUACAGUUUAAAUUUGAUACUGAGCCAUAUAUUUUUUCCUUUGAUAUUUCUAUAUUGUGUCAUUAUGUAAUAAUAGUACUUUAUAUUUAUAAUACCUUUCCCACAGGUUGUA